UGAGCUGGACGGCGGAGGCUUCCGACAAAUUCACAUCUAUCUAUCUAUCUAUCUAUCUAUCUGCUUAUUUAUUUAUUUAUUUAUUUAUUUAUUUCCCAGUGAGAAUGAGCAGCACUCGGAGUAUGUGUUUGCUGUCGGAGGUGCGAGCCGGAGACAGAGCGGAUGGGUGCCGGAGACUCCGACUGACCCUGCACGACCAAGUCCAGCAGCAGCCCACCGUAGGAAAGCCGAUCGGGAGAGCAUUUGCUCUGGUGCAGCCAACUAGCGAGAGGCAGCCGCUAAAGAACGAGCCCAGCAAAGUCGAAGAGAACGUUGAAGUCAUAAAGGUGUACCUGCAAGCGCAGAAAAAGGAACAGGACAGGAAUCAGCGGAGUUUGAAGAUGCUCUCGGAUGAGGUUUCACAAAUACAAGAGGUGCGAUACUGUUUGAAGAGUCUGAGGGAACAGAUGGCAGCCAAAAACAACCACAGAACAGAGCACAAGGUGCAGUUAGUGCAAAUUGGCAUGAACAGAGAGAACUGUGCUCUGGCAUCACGAUCAACACAGGACAGUGAAGAGAAACAGCCGCUUUAUCCUUCUACAGGGUCGCAGGCAAGCCGGAGCCUAUCCCAGCUGACUACGGGCGAAAGGCGGGGUACACCCUGGACAAGUCACCAGGAGUUUGCAGAUGAGCAGGAGCGAGAGAGGAUGAGGGAAGUCAGCAAGCGACUCUACCCGCAGCUUCAAGAGGCGGAGAAGAGACACCAAGAGGAGAAGGAGAAAUUACAGGCUGAGGCAGGUCAGUAUAAAAGGCAGCUGUCUGAGCAGAGCGAUGAGCUGAAGGAAGCUCAGCGUAACGCACAGCAGCAGGACCAGCGGAUCCGAGAGCUGCAGCGGCUGAUGGGCGGCAUGGAACAGGAAAGCUCGUCCCUCAGAGAUGAGUUAAUGACCAGGGAGGCUGAGCUGCUGCGGCUGCGGGAGCUGAAGGAGGAGGGGCAAGCUGACAGGGAGAGAUUGGAGGCGCUGGAGAGGGAGAAUGCUGUCCUGAAGGAGAAGAUAUACCACCUGGAUGAUAUGCUCAAGAGCCAGCAGAGGAAACUCAGGCAGAUGAUUGAACAGCUGCAGAACUCGCGAAUGGUGAUUCAGGAGCGGGACCGUGUCAUCAAGGAACUGGAGGAGAAAGUUGCUUUCCUUGAAGCAGAGAACAGAGAGCUGCGUGAUCAGGUGGACUAUUUCCUGAAUGGUCAAAGGUCAAAUUCCGGCCUUUUGUCAGAUUCCAGUCCUCAGAUUGUCUACAGUAAGCCUCUAAAGCCGUCCACGCAAAGCAACAAGAAUCUGCCGUUCAUUAAAGUCAUAGAGAUCAAGUCAUGAGCACUGCUGUGACAACGCUGCAAAAACAUCAUCAUAACCCGAACGUGGCAGGUCGACAGGUGGCUCCAUACACCCUCAAGCACAACAGCCUGUCAAGCUACACGCGCUCAUGCUAAGAACCACAGCGGCGUGAUACCGUUGCUAUCUAUCUUACUGACUAACAUGCACGACUGCAGCUCAACACAAAACGCAUCGUCAACUGUAUCAUACGUCACAAAUCAAUUAUACUGUGUAUUGAUGUAAAUGGUUUAGGUUUCAACAUGCCCCAGUGUGUCUGAGAGCAUGCAUGUACAUUGACUUGAACGCAGCUGAAGUACGAGUUUAGAGGUGUUAAAUAUCUGGAGAGUUGCUUUUAACCAGCAUGAAGAAUAGAACAAAGCAGAACUGAGUAAAGAGAAGGAGUGAAUGGUGUGGUGUUCCUUUGAGGCUGGCCAUCUGAACACAAUCCUGCCCCUUUGUGAAUAAACGGACAGAGGCAAACAUUACGACCCUUUCACUUUCACUCUCUCUAUUUGGCUUUGGAGUUGAAUUACUAAACGGACAGGUCUUUUGAUCGUCAAUGAAGCACUUACGGGUAACGUUUGCCUAAAGAUAUGGAGAGGGAGCAGGAAGCUUUACCAGUCACUUUGUCUUUAUGAAGGAAUUGUAAAGCAUCUGUGGUUUUGAUUCACGUAUGCAACCGAGUGCCCAGAUAAGGUGCUAAAGAUAUUCCACAAUCUUUUUGAGACUCUACUCAAAAGAGAAAUCGAAGACGAGCCAGGAGGCAGAAACCUGUUUAAUUUGCUGUGGAAAGCCACACCAGUUGUUUUGUUCUGUUGUGCGUGUGUGUGAGAGGAGCACUCGUAUUGAGUUUCUGCCUUUAGUUUGAGAUCUUUUCUGGGCACUAAACCUGAACCUACUUGAAGCUUAUCCUGAUCUCUGCCAUCCUGAAAUAUUUGACUGACUCAAUUAAACUUUUUUUUUUUUAAAGAUCAAAAUGCCUUGCAGAAAUAUUUUAGACUCUGUCUGCUGCCAGGACAGUAAAAUAAGUCUAUGAAGUAACAAUUCUCAUUACAUGGAUGAGUUAAAGAAGAAUCAUGAUAAUUUCAUGUACAUAAAUUGAAAUUGUUGAAAAAUACUCCAUGUUUUCAUAACCAACUUUUGUACAUAUUUUCUUACUCAAACUUCAGUUCAUGCUUUUUGUGUAUUUAGUUUCUGUAACUGUCCAUAAAUGGCCUUUGGACUUACAAUCUGCUCUUUAUUUAAUAUAAAAUAUUUUUGUAGUGAACCAUGAAUGAUUUCAGUUGCUGUAUUAAAUACCAUAUAUAUUUAUGCAAG